AUGAAGUCGGUUGCGGGUACUAAAUGGGUCAACCAACACAUUCAGCGUCUCAAGAGCUUGGGUCGAUGGAUGAAGGCGGUUCCAGAGAGAGAGAGCUUUCGCUUUGGAGAUGGACAUGAGGUGUGGAGUGAGUUUUCCUUCAUCUUUGAGGCCACUUUGCUUGGGGUACGGGUGGUGCUUCGCUUGAGUGUGGUUCCUGGGGACUGUCCUCCUUUGCUUUCUAAGCCGGCAUGUACACAGUUGGGCAUUGUCAUAGACACGGAGAACCACACAGUUUCGUCGCGCAAGCUCCGGGUGCGUAGGUAUGGGAUGAGUCAAACCUUUGGCGGUCACUAUGCCCUGCCCAUUGCUGAGUUCGAAGACCACAUGUCCCCCAUCGAGGACCCCGACCUUCCAGUGCACUCCGAAGCGAUUCCCGUGUAUGUAGCAAGCCCGCUUGACAUAGAGCCUGAAUCGCCUCCUGAAGAGCUUCCUUGGAGAACUUGGAUCCGGAGAGAUAGGCAAAUGGAGUGCACAGUGGGCCCGGGCCGGAAUGGACCUCCUUGGCAUUGCGUGUUUCGCAGAGUAGUGUACGUGGCGGGAACGAAUGAGAUGUUGCUGAACGAACCCGUCACUCCCCAGACAAGAAUCCGCACUCCUCUUCCUAGGCGCUGUGACACCCGCACGAUCCUCUUCUUCCGGCUGCCGGGCUCUGCAGGGAAUCAAGGUGACAAUUCGAUGAUCGCCAUGGUGCGUGGGAAGCGCGAGAAUGUGAUGACGACGCCCCGGGGCGAGAUCCCCGCUCACCACCGGUUGGACGUGGAGGACUCCGAUCAGGACUACGAGAAGGCGCUCCUCGAGGAUUGGAGCCGAGUGGACACCCCCGGCGAAUCGAGGUCGCCCUCGCGGCCCCCCAGCAAGCCGAAGUUGAGACCUGCGGCGAGGAAGGCGAGCCUGGGCGCACGGUUGAAGGCGGGGCUCACCAGGACUGUUCGCUCCAAAUCCGCAGACAAGACUCGAGAGCGCUCAGCCGAGAAGAGUCCCAGCCCUCGAGCUCAUCGGCACCGCUCCCCCGAGGCCUACAGCGCGGCGACCGAUCACAAGGAGAAGGACAAGCAGACUGGGGCAUUGCUGAAGGGGCAGGCGGCCGGGCCCAAGGAGAAGGACAAGCGGACUUUGGCAUCGCUCAAGGAGCAGGCUGCCGAGCUCGAGGAGAUCUUGCUGCACUACCUCGACCCCUCGAGUUUGCCGACAGAAGGUUCGAAAGCAACGAAGGCGUACUGGGUGAGCCGGAUCCAGAUGUUGGAGGAGGAGUUGGAGCUUUGUCAGGGGCCACAGGCCAUGGAGGACGAGGCAGUGGAGCUGGCCAAGCCGAGUUUGAGUGGAGAGGACGCCUCAGUCCCCUCGCUGGACAGUCCGCCUCCGAGGACCAGGGGAAGGGCCAGCUCGACGACGAGUUCUACGACGCCUACAGCCACAGCGAGAGCGAAGCCCAAGGGAGCACCCAAGAAGCAGCAUGCUCUGACGGACCACAGCGCUCCCUUCCCCACAAUGUCCAGCAAGUUUUCCGACGACCUCCCGAUCAACAUCAUGAUCAGCUUGCAGUCCCAGCUCUUCACGUUCAAAUGGAAAACCCUGGUCUGGAUGCUUCGAGUCCGGGCCGCCGUGAGGGCGGAGAUGGGACAUCGGGUUCAGUGGAAAAGGAAUCCGAGAUGGUUGAUGCUGUUGCUGGGAAAGCAGAUGGGGAGCUUAUGGGGGCACAUAGGCGCGGCUCGUCAGCUGUGUCACGACCCGAGACUUUCCGGCCUGAUGAAGGGGAACCCUUUGGAGACGAGCAGCGCCAGGGCUGCUGUGGCCGACCGUCGCGAGGAUUGA